AUGAAGAGGAAAGGUAAGCAGAGAAUGCAGGAAAACCUGUAUGAGAUUUUGGACUGGCUGGAGAAUGAGCGAGGACAGAUGAUAAUGCAGUUCUGGAGUUGUGUGUUUCAGGAACACAUCCUGCAGAAAUAUCCUUUGCUGCGUCAGCUCCAAACCAGCCUUCUGAAUGUGAAGAUGAACAUCAGUCAAUUUAAUUUAAUUCCACUGGAGCAGCUGAUUACUUUUUUUCGCCGCAAGAAGACCGAGAUAUCAUCUCAGCUGGACGACCCACAACUUUUCUUCGACCAUCUCAAAGACCACGGUCUGAUAUCUGAGGAUGUUUACCAGAAGUUAAUAAAGAUGAAAAGUAAGGACAGAAGGCAGAAAGCUGUGUAUAAGGUUUUGGAAAGCCUGGAGAAGGAGCCAAAUAAAAUAAAGGAGUUUUGGAGUUGUGUUUUUGAGGAGCACAUCAUGCAGAAAUAUCCUUUUCUGCGGUCACUACAAAGGAGACUUGACGAAUCUUUCUUGCUUAGUCAAAACCUGCCCUGGGUAGAGAAACUGACAGGAAAUGAAGAAAAGCAGGUAGAGCAAAAGAAAAGUGGAACAAAGAGAAAGAAGAGUGUUGAUGAGACAGAAGAGGAGGAUGCAGGUCCUUUUUCUGUGUCCAGCUCCAGCCAGAAGAAAUUAUUAAUCGUUAUGGACGAUUCCAGUGAAGAGGAGCUCAGAAAAAGUGUACACUCAGAUCAAGAAGAAAAAGAAGAGACUAAUGAUUCCAGUGAAGAGGAGCUCAACGAAAGUCUAUACUCGGAUCAAGAAGAAAAAGAAGAGACUAAUGAUUCCAGUGAAGAGGAGCUCAACGAAAGUCUAUACUCGGAUCAAGAAGAAAAAGAAGAGACUGGUGAUUCCCAUGAAGAGGAGCUCAACGAAAGUCUAUACUCAGAUCAAGAAGAAAAAGAAGAGACUGGUGAUUCCCAUGAAGAGGAGCUCAACGAAAGUCUAUACUCAGAUCAAGAAGAAAAAGAAGAGACUAAUGAUUCCAGUGAAGAGGAGCUCAACGAAAGUCUAUACUCGGAUCAAGAAGAAAAAGAAGAGACUGGUGAUUCCCAUGAAGAGGAGCUCAACGAAAGUCUAUACUCAGAUCAAGAAGAAAAAGAAGAGAGUGGUGAUUCCAGUGAAGAGGAGCUCAACAAAAGUCUAUACUCGGAUCAAGAAGAAAAAGAAGAGAGUGGUGAUUCCAGUGAAGAGGAGCUCAACAAAAGUCUAUACUCGGAUCAAGAAGAAAAAGAAGAGAGUGAUUAUUCCAGUGGAGAGGAGCUCAGAAAAAGUCUACUCAGUAUACUCGGAUUAAGAAGAAAAAGAAGAGAUUCCAGUGAAGACAAUGAUGAUGAUUCCAGUGAAGACACUGAUGACCUCAGAAAAACAGAGGAUAUGUCUAAGUUUGUCUACAUGGCCCUUACAGAGUUUGGAUUUGACACCCCUGAACUAGAAGAUCUGCAGUUUAAUCCUGCUGUUCUACCAGUCAGCUGUGGUUCUGUGAGAGAGGAUUUAUAUAAAAGCAGAUUUGCAGGUGGGUCACGCAGUAAGAGCAUCCACACAGAGGAGGGCUGGAUCACUCCUGAGGACUUUGUAAAGCAGGAGUUAACUCUGACAGACAGACACUGGAAGAAAGAUGUACUGUGUCACGGAAAAACCCUCGACUACCUGGUGAAGAACAAGGUCCUGUGUGUCCAUCCAUUGUUUUGCGACUGUCAACUUUGCUGCCUGGAUGAAGCUGUGAGUCUGAAACCCAUGAUGGCAUCAUGA